GUACUGCAAAGUACUGUUCAAGGUUGCUUGACUGCCUUAGAACUGUCAGGCAUCAACACUGAGAACUGGGACUGCCUGCUGGUAUAUCUGUGUUCAUCCAAGCUCCCGAAGAUAACUCUCUUCUUAUGGGAGCAGGGAAAGCCGACAUCCCGACAUGGGUGGAGCUGAACACCUUCCUCACAGAACGCCAUCGAACCCUAGAGGCCAUCGAUGACGUGAGACCGCCCGUACCGAGUCAGUCGCACUCCAAGGCGAUGAAUUCAAGUGGGCCCUCUAAAAAAAUAAAUUCCUACGAGACGAAAGUGGCUCCAAAAUCCAAAAGUUGCGACUUGUGCAACAAGGAAAAAAAACUUGUCCGUGUAUGUCCGCGUUUUCUCCAAAUGUCGGUUGACGACCGGUCAGCCUGCAUUAAAUGGAAGCAGUUAUGCUUAAACUGCUUUGCAAAUGGACAUAAGCUUCGUGAGUGCAAAAGCACGCACAAUUGUUUUACUUGCCGUGGCCGCCGCCACACGUUGUUGCACCGAAACAAUCCCUUUUCCAGCAAUUCAAGUCCUUCAAAUCCUGCAAAGCCAAUUUCUGCUAAUCAAGCCAAUUUCAUUCCUAAUGAGAAGCUGGUGUUCAAAAUUAUUUCGCCACGGGCUAUUCUUCUUGGCACAGCCGUGAUCAAUAUUUCCCAUUUGGGUACUAACUUUAAGGCACGCGCCCUGAUCGACUCCGGAUCAUAGGCAACAUUCUAAUUAGAUUGCCAUUCCAGGUGAUUCAAGCCCAAGUCUCAGGCUUAAACCAAACUGUAGCAGCUCAGUCCAAGAAGCUCUGCAGUUUCACCAUCCGAUCUCCGACUAGGCCCGCAUUGCAGUUGGAGACGACGGCCUAUGUCCUCCCUCAACUAGCCGGAAAUCUGCCUUCCUACCCAAUUCCGCAAAAUUUCCUUCGGGACCUUCCCGAUUUUCCACUCGCGGAUCCAAAAUUUUAUGAGAGAGCACAAAUAUAUGUCCUUAUGGGAGCCGACAUUCUACCUUCGGUGCUUCUGAGUGGAGCAAAAACCAACAUCCGGGGGUCUCCCUUGGGGCAAGAGACCAUUUUCGGCUUGACCAUUCAAAUUCUGAAGUGGCGCUAUUUCCGAUCCGUGUUUAGCGCCGAUAUCGAAAAAAUGUAUCGGCAGAUCUGGGUAGAUCCAAAGCACACUCCAUUCCAACGAAUACUUUUCUGAAAUAAUAGAGGGGAAAUCAGAGAUUUCGAAUUGAAAGCAGUAACCUUUGGAGUUAAUUGCGCGCCUUUCCUGGCCAUCCGAGUACUGCAGCAUCUAGCAGCUGACGUAGACCUCAGCCAUCCAAAACCUGGCAAUAUCAUUCGAAAUUUCAUGUUGUUCAUGCCGAACAGCUGAGUCCGGUAUCCCGCCAGCAGAGCAUCGCUGUGGGCGGAAUGUUUCGGAAGUGGGACACGAAGCCGUUAUUUUAUGUGAAGAAAUUACUUGAAAAUAAUUACUUGUGUAUAUUCUGUAUGCAUCCUUUCCCUUUUAUGUUAUCAACCAAUCAUCAACUUUCCAAUAAAAGCACCAAAUAAAAAAUAAAAUUCGCCACCCAAACUUUCACAUACACAAAAACAUACAGACAUUCCAUGUAUGUUGGCCGAUCGAUGUACAUACAUAUGUCCAUUGCAUCUGCAUACAUUGCGUACAUGGCACAUACGCAACGUCGUACAUCUGCAUGGUCAUAGGGUGUUUCAUUAAUUGCCAAAACAUUCAAACCAUUCAAACAGACAUUAAUAUCAUCCAACAUAUGUACAUACAUAUAUUAAUGUUAUUGUUUACUUUCACAUACACGAAAGCUUCCACACACACAACAAUCACAGACGAUUUGUUGGACCGGCAGAUAAGAACCGGCUGCAGCCAACACUAGCGACGAACACAUCCACGAACAGAACCUCCAGCGCACCGCAUAUACAAUGGCCCCAGCGAUCCGCCACGAUGUAUACCGCUGUCGAGUGUGCAGGGGGGUUCAUCCAUUGAGGAGCUGCCAGCGAUUCCUGCAACUGCCGGCUGUGAAGCGGCUCCGGGCAGUCUUGAUUAACAAGUACUGCGCUAACUGUCUGGCCCACGAGCAUUCGGGCCGGUCGUGUCGCAGCAAAGCGAGGUGCCGCAUCUGCCGAGAGGCCCACCACACUCUGCUGCACAUCCGCGGUGAACAGCCAGGCUCUUCGAGGCCUCAACGGAAGCGUGAGCCACAAGCAGCGCUUCAGCCUCAACGGCGUCAGGAGGUGGGUUCGACCGGGUCACGACGCUCAGCCUCGCCGAUGGAUAGUUCCCCACCCCGCAGCUCAUUGUCAACGCCGACGGGCGCGCCUAGCUUGGUGCGGACGAGCGUCAGCAUCCUUCCGACCGCUGCCGUGCUCAUUGGGUCCGAGCAGAAGAGAUUCGAUGUGCGAGUCUUGGUGGAUCCGUGCUGCCCCGUGAGUCGCAUCCACGUCUCGCUGGUGAAGGCCCUCAACUUGGCCGUCACGGGCGUGGGCAACGAAAGGCUGUGCACCACCGAGAUUCGCUCAAAAACGUCCCGGAUGAGCAAACAGCUGCUGAUGCUGGUGGACGAGCAGAUGCAGAGCCGGACGCCGGCACAGCCCCUGGAUCCGAAGGUGCAGGACAUGUUCCACAACAUGAAGCUAGCGGAUGACCGGUGGUUCCACCCAGCGCUUGUCUCGGCUGUCCUUGGAGCAGACGUUUACGCCGACCUGAUGCUGCCGGGUAUCAUCGCGAGCCAGGACGGCCUGCCCAUGGCACAAAAUUCCAAGCUGGGAUGGAUUCUUUCGGGACGCUGUUUUCUGUCCUAAAUUUGCAAGUAUUCCUCUUGCAAGGGGGGGAGAAUGUUCAUGCCGAACAGCUGAGUCCGGUAUCCCGCCAGCAGAGCAUCGCUGUGGGCGGAAUGUUUCGGAAGUGGGACACGAAGCCGUUAUUUUAUGUGAAGAAAUUACUUGAAAAUAAAACCCCAAACGAGAAGGACGAACUCCAA